UAAAUUGGGGUUGAUUUCUGUUGCUUGAUUGUGAAUAAUGCUUUGAGGAUGUGCUCUUGUUUUGUUGAAUUGAGUUAUGCAUCCAAGGUGUUUGAAGAAUUUCCUGUGCGGCUGCGCUCAGUCUGAUUGCAGUGAUGUUUAAGGGUGUUUUCUUCUCUACCCAGAAUAUAUAUGUUAGAUAACUUGAAUCUUAAAAAGUUCUGGUUAUUGAAAAGCGGGAGGAAAAAGCCAGGAUCAGGUUUUUUAGUUUAUCGGUACCUAUGAUCAUCAUGGAGAGUUGAGUUGUGGCUCUCACUUUGAUAGACCAUGUAGGCAGCCACUGGCUGCUUUGUCGAACUCGACUCACUGGGUAUUGGGUUUCUAGCCUCCAGUUUCUGGAGAGUUAGAGAGUGAAAAUGGUUGAGGAAACGAGAGUUUAUUUGGGUUUGACUCAUUAAGGGCACAAAAGACACAUCAUGAGUAUUUUUGUCCUCAAAAUAAAAUAGUUGGCUACUUGCACUCAAAUGUCAACUUUAUAGACUGGUUAUGCGAAUUUUUUAAAGCUCAUCUGGGUGUGUCAAACAACCAUGAGUGAAUCGAAGAUGAAGAAGAAGAAACAUAGUUGUUCUAUCAGAGGAGAACUCUAUAUUCUCGUAGCGUAUGCAGUAGUCUUCUACGUUUUCAUUAUUCGUCGCUCUCUUCAAAUCUCUAAUGAUCACUAUAAAAAACUCUACGUCUUGCGCCCCGGCUGGCUCUCUAAUUUUCUCUAUGAUGUCUCUGAUGCUCAAUGGAGAAACUUUCGUUCUAAUAUACCUAUUCUUUCCGUGGUUUUUGGAGUUUUUGCCACACUGGCCAAUUCCCUUAGAGCUGUUUUUCAUUUUAGAGCCAAAGGGAUGUCGAUUCUCUGGCUUUGCCUUUCUUUAGUUUACCUAUUCUAUCUGCAUGGAGCUUGUGUUAUAUUUAUCCUCUCCAUUGCCUCCCUUAAUUUUCUUCUGGUCAAGGUUUUUGCACGAACAAACUACUUCCCAUUUCUACUUUGGGGCUUCAACAUAUUUUUCCUAAUAUGUAAUCGUGUUUAUGAAGGAUAUUCAUUCUCGUUAUUUGGGCAACGAUGGUCAUAUUUGGACAACUUUCGAGGGACCUUUAGGUGGCAUAUUUGCUUUAAUUUUGUUAUUUUGCGCAUGAUAAGCUUCGGAUAUGAUUACUUUUUGGCCCAUCAGGAUUCUCGAUUCGAUCAUGAGAAGCAUGUCCAACGUUGCCAAAAUUGUAAAUCGGGAAAAAGUUGCUUGGAAGUUCUACAGGAGAGAAGUGUCAUUGAAAGUUUCACCUUUAUUGCAUACCUCUGUUAUUUGGUAUAUGCUCCUCUUUACAUUGCUGGGCCAAUUAUAAGCUUCAAUGCGUUUGUUUCACAGUUAGAUGUACCUCAGAGCAACUACUCAAGAAGAGAUGUGGUUUGGUAUGGGUUACGCUGGGUCUUUAGUCUUUUUCUAAUGGAACUAAUGACACAUCUAUUUUAUUACAAUGCUUUUGCAAUCAGUGGCAUUUGGAAACUACUAUCUCCUUUGGAUGUGUUCAUCAUUGGAUAUGGGGUCUUAAACUUCAUGUGGUUAAAGUUUUUUCUGAUCUGGCGCUAUUUUCGGUUCUGGUCGCUGAUAUGUGGCAUUGAGACUUGGGAGAAUAUGCCUAGAUGUCUUAAUAAUUGCCACAACUUGGAAACAUUUUGGAAAAAUUGGCAUGCUUCCUUCAACAAAUGGCUUGUGAGGUACAUGUAUAUUCCUCUUGGGGGUUCUCAAAGAAAGCUUCUUAAUGUCUGGCCUAUAUUCACAUUCGUUGCUUUAUGGCAUGAUUUAGAGUGGAAGCUUCUUUCAUGGGCAUGGUUAACUUGCUUAUUCUUUAUUCCAGAAAUGGUUGUGAAAUCAGCAGCGAAUACAUUUGAGGCUGAGAGUGCUUUUGGAGAAUUCAUUUUCCGAGAACUUAGUGCACUUGCUGGUGCCAUCACAAUCACUUGUCUCAUGAUUGCAAACCUUGUUGGCUAUGUUAUUGGACCAUCAGGAGCUAAUUGGUUGAUGUCUCAAUUUCUUACAAGAGAAGGAUUGCCUGUGUUGGGCGGCAUGUUUAUGUCCUUCUAUGUUGGGACGAAGCUUAUGUUCCACAUCCAAGAUGCCAAGCAAAGGCGGCAAUAAAAUAGGUGGGUGAAUGAUUUUUACUUCUUGGCGUAUGUUCCAUACUGGUAAUUUGCAGUUAGUGUGGAUGAGGAGGCAUUCAUUCUGAGGACUUGGAUUUACUCGAUUAAUUUUCCAAUGGCUGCCAUACUUGUCAUUGGCCAAUUGUAACAAAAUUACAUUUUACACUUGAAUUGUAUAAGGUAACAGUGACAAUCUUAAAUCUUAAAUAUAAUAAUUAUUAUCUUAUUUUUUCAUA